GCUCUUGUUCUCUCAUACACUAACCAGAAAAAGAGACAGGACUGAGUAAAAGAGAGAAAGAGAGGAACUUGAGGCGUGCAGAGACAGACAGAGACAAAACAUUUGUCUGGCUUCAACAUGUCUCCCUGGAUCAGGACCACCAGUGAAAGAUAUGGUGUUGUUAAGUGGAAUUUUGCAGCAAAAUCAGAGAAGCAGCUGUCUCUUGCUGUGGGUGAAACAGUGCACAUAGAGAAAGCAUGUGAAGGUUGGUAUAUGGGAUAUGUGGCCCGGAACAAAGAGAAGAAAGGCGCCUUUCCUGCAAACUUCAUUGAGCUAAAGGAAGUUAUCAUUGAAAAAAGGGGAAAUGAAGAGGAAGUGACCUCGGCUGAAAUGCCCCUGGUGAAGGAAGUUACUACCACACUGAGGGAAUGGGGCAGCAUCUGGAAGCAGUUAUUUGUGGUCAGUAAGAAGGAGAGAUUCAGCCAGGUGCAGGCACUGAUGUGGGAUCUGAUGGAGUGGCGUUCUCAGCUGCUCUCUGGCACGCUGCCUGGAGAUGAGUUUAAGGAACUCAAACAGAAAGUCACAUCUAAAAUCGACUAUGGAAACAAGAUUCUGGAGUUAGAUCUGGUAGUGAGGGAUGUGAACGGUAAUAUCUUAGACCCUGACAAUGCCAGUGUUAUUAGCUUGUUCAGAGCUCACGAGGAUGCCACUGCAAAGAUUACUGAACGUAUCAAAGAAGAGCAGUCUAAUGUCCAGAUGGAUCACUCUGGAGUCUCGGCACGGAUCCAGUCCUCUCCCACACACAGCCUCUACGUGUUCGUGCGCAAUUUUGUCUGUCGCAUUGGAGAAGAAUCCGAGCUCUUCAUGUCUCUGUAUGACCCCCUCAAACAAGUGAUCAUCAGUGAGAACUAUCUAAUAAGAUGGGGGGAUAAAGGAUUUCCUAAAGAUGUUGAAAUGCUCAACAACCUGAAGGUGGUGUUUACAGAUUUAGGGAACAAGGACCUGAACAGAGAGAAGAUUUAUCUCAUAUGUCAGAUUGUACGCGUUGGCCGUAUGGACCUUAAGGAGACUCAUAAGAAAUGCACGUUAGGACUGCGCAGGCCGUUUGGGGUUGCAGUGAUGGACAUCAGCGACAUCAUCAAAGGAAAGACAGAGUGUGAUGAAGAAAAGCAGUACUUUAUUCCUUUUCAGCCGGUUUUGGCUGAGAACGACUUUCUUCACACCCUCCUGACCAAAGUGACCACCUCCAGAGGGGACAGUGGAGGACAGGGCCUGUGGGUGACAAUGAAGGCUCUGGUUGGUGAUAUCGUUCAGAUCCGUAAAGAAUACCCCCACCUUGUGGACCGGAGCACUGUUGUGGCCCGCAAGUUGGGCUUUCCAGAGAUCAUCAUGCCAGGAGACAUCCGCAAUGAUAUCUACCUCACCCUCCACUCAGGAGACUUUGACAAGUACAACAAAACUACACAGAAGAACGUAGAGGUCAUCAUGCUUGUGUGUGACGAGGAGGGCAAAUUGGUACCGAAUGCUAUCUGUUUAGGAGCAGGAGAUAAACCAGUAACUGAAUACAGAUCCGUCAUCUACUACCAGAUUAAACAACCACGCUGGAUGGAAACAUUUAAGGUGGCGAUCCCUCUGGAGGAAAUGCAGAGGAUUCACUUGCGCUUCAUGUUUCGUCAUCGCUCUUCUCAAGAGUCAAAGGAUAAGAGUGAGAAAAACUUUGCCAUGGCAUUUGUGCGCCUGAUGAAGGAGGAUGGCACAGUGAUGCGGGAUGGACAGCAUGAUCUGGUGGUAUUUAAGGGCGAUAGCAAGCGCAUGGAGGAUGUGAGCUCAUACCUGUCUUUACCCUCUGAGCGCACAAACAGUGACACCCACAAAGGGUCGACGCUGAUGAGGCACAACAGCACUGCGGGCAGCCUGUCGGUCAGCUCACGAGACAGCUUCAUCAUUUCCACCCUCGUCUGCUCCACCAAACUCACUCAGAACGUGGGUUUGUUGGGUCUGCUCAAAUGGAGGACUCGGCCCGAGCUGCUCAAAGAAAACCUACAAGACUUGAAACUCAUUGAUGGCGAGGAAGUCGUCAAGUUUCUGCAGGACACACUUGAUGCCCUGUUUAACAUCAUGAUGGAGCAUUCUCAGACUGAUGAUUAUGACAUACUGGUAUUUGAUGCACUGAUCUACAUCAUAGGCUUGAUUGCAGACAGAAAGUUUCAGCAUUUUAACACAGUGCUGGAGGCUUACAUUAAACAGCAUUUCAGUGCCACGCUGGCGUACAAGAAGUUGAUGUCAGUGUUGAAGACGUAUUUGGACGUGUCCAGUCGGGGAGAAGCGUGCGAGCCCAUUCUCCGCACACUGAAAGCUCUCGAGUACAUCUUCAAGUUCAUCGUACGCUCCCGCAUGCUGUAUUCCCAGCUUUAUGAAGGGAAGGAGCAAGCUGAGUUUGAAGAUUCUCUAAAAGGCCUAUUUGAAUCCAUCAACAGGCUGAUGAAGAGUGAUUACAACACCACCCUACUGCAGCAGGUGGCAGCUCUGAAGUACUUGCCUGCUGUGCUGCAAGAUAUUGAGACUGUUUUCGAUGCAAAGCUGCUCAGUAAGUUGCUGUAUGAUUUCUACACCUGUAUUCCCCCGGAAAAGUUGCAGAAGCAUAAGGUGGCCUCCAUGACCGAGAUUGUCAGCAGCCGCCUUUUCAGGAGGAAGGAUUGUCGUGACAUAAUGUUACCCAUGAUGCUUAAGGAGCUGAGUGGGGCAUUGUCUGAUGUGGGAGACGGGCCACAGGAUGAAAGGCGGAACAGUGUGGAGCUCCUCAACAACAUCCUGGAGGUUCUCAGUCGCAAGGAUGUGGGGGACACGUUUCAGCACAUUCAGGACAUUGUGACGUCUCUGCUGAGGACGAUAAACCGCACAGUCAUCAUCAUGGGCCGAGAGCACGCCCUCAUUUCUCGUGUGGUGGCCUGUAUGACUGCUAUAUUGAGUCAGAUGGAUGAUCGACACUAUUCCAGCUACAUUGAGACCUUCAGCGGUACAACUGACCUAGUGGACUUUUUGAUGGAGGCAUUUCUGCUGUUCAAGGAUUUGAUCGGUAAACAUGUUUAUCCUUCUGACUGGGUCACCAUGAUCAUGGUACAGAACAGAGUGUUUCUCCGCGCCAUCAACACCUACGCUGACACCAUGAAUCACAAGUUCCUGGACAACAACAGCUUCGAAGUGCAGUUGUGGAAUAACUAUUUCCAUCUGGCUGUGGCAUUUAUUACCCAGGAGUCUUUGCAGCUCCAGCACUUCUCCCCGACUAAGAGAAACAAGAUACUGGCAAAAUAUGGAGACAUGAGAAGAAAGAUUGGUUUUGCUAUCAGAGACAUGUGGUACAGGCUGGGAGUGAAUAAGAUCUGUUUCAUCCCUGGCAUGGUGGGGCCGAUACUGGAGAUGACUCUAAUCCCCGAAGAAGAGCUUCGCAGAGCUACAAUACCCAUCUUCUUUGACAUGAUGCAGUGCGAAACCAAUCACUCUGGACACUUUAAGAAAUUUGAGAAUGAGAUCAUCCUCAAGUUGGAUCACGAGGUGGAAGGAGGGGGCGGAGACGUUAGAUACAUGGAGCUACUGCAGACCAUAGUAUUAGAGUGUGCCCAGGAGCAACUCCACCUUUUGGCAGAGGUGCGCAACUUUGUUUCCUUGGUGACUGGACUACUGGAACGUCUCCUUGACUACCGCACGGUGAUGAGCGAUGACAGCCGUAACAACCGCAUGAGCUGCACUGUCAAUCUAUUGAAUUUCUACAAAGACAUCAAUCGUGAGGGGAUGUACAUCAGGUACCUCUACAAGCUACGUGAUCUUCAUUUGGAGGGAGAGAACUACACCGAGGCUGCAUACACCCUUCUGCUGCAUUCCAAGCUGCUUAAGUGGUCGGAUGAGCAGUGUGCACCUCAGCUGGAUUUCCAGACUCCUCAGUCACAGCGGCAGCUCAAAGAGACACUUUACGACACCAUCAUCAGCUACUUUGACAAGGGCAAGAUGUGGGAGGAAGCCAUUUCUCUGUGUAAAGAACUUGCAGAGCAGUACGAGAUGGAGGUCUUUGACUAUGAACUACUUGGCCAGAGCCUGAAACAACAGGCCAAGUUCUAUGAGAAUAUUAUGAAGAUCCUGCGACCCAAACCAGAUUACUUUGCUGUUGGGUACUAUGGCUGUGGCUUUCCUCAAUUCCUACGGAACAAGGUGUUUAUCCAUCGUGGGAAAGAAUAUGAGCGCAGGGAAGAUUUCCAGAGCCAGCUGAUGAGUCAGUUCCCCAGUGCUGUCAGACUUAAUACAACUACAAUGCCUGGAGAUGACAUCAGGAAUUCCCCAUUGCAAUACAUCCAGUGCUUCACUGUCCAGCCCGUCCUGGAAAUCCCACCCCGCCUGAUGAACAAGCCUGUUCCUGAUCAGAUUAUCAACUUUUAUAAGUCCAACUAUGUUCAGCGCUUCCAGUACUCCAGACCUGUAAGGAAGGGAAAAGUGGACCCUGAUAAUGAGUUUGCUUCUAUGUGGAUUGAACGCACCACUUUCUUCACUGCAUACAAGUUGCCAGGGAUCCUGCGCUGGUUCGAGGCCACAAACAUGACUCAUUCGACUGUGAGUCCUCUGGAGAAUGCCAUAGAGACGAUGGGAAGCACCAAUGAGAAAAUACUUACAAUGAUCAACCAAUACCAGUGUGACGAGAGUUUACCCAUAAACCCCCUUUCCAUGCUGCUUAAUGGCAUCGUAGAUCCUGCUGUCAUGGGUGGCUUUGCCAAGUAUGAAAAGGCAUUUUUCAUAGAGGAGUACACACAUGAUCAUCCAGAAGAUAAAGAAAAGCUGCACCGCCUCAAAGACCUCAUCGCCUGGCAGAUCCCCUUGCUGGGCCGAGGUAUCGCUCUGCAUGGCAAGAGAGUCACUGACGACCUCCGACCUUUUCAUGACCGGAUGGAGGACUGCUUCAAACAGCUGAAGAAGAAAGUGGAGAAAGAGUAUGGAGCCAGAGAACUGCCUGACAUGGAUGAGAGAAGGUCCACUCGUCCACGGUCUGUCCUUCGCUCAGUUCGGCAAUCCAUCUGUUCGUUAGCAGGAUCAGAAUGUGGAACGCCCACUAAGUUACACCCAGACAAUCUGUCUCUGGACUCAGGGCCACUCACGCCCACCUCCCUGCCCCACUCGAGUGGUAGUAUCAGUGUGAUUGAUGAGAGCGGCACUGAGGUAGAGGUGAAGUUAAGGAAGUCCAAAAAGAAAAAGAAGUUAAGUCGAGGCAGCAUGAUCUUCAUCAGCGAAGAGAAAGAGAGAACGAGCACCCUGGAUCUCAAACGGCUGUCAAAAAAGCAGGAGUUCCGCAGUGAUACAAAUCUAUCAGAGCCCAGUGAACAGAGCAGCCUGGCCAGUAUUAACUCCAGAUCACUGCCUACUAUUACUGGUCUGGCUCUGACAGUAGCCAAUGGCAGUGAGGAUUUGGACUCAGCACGCUCUAAACGGGACAGUAAGAACAUGUCUGCACAUCUGCCUUCUGACCGCACCAGUGACCGGCGCUCCAAAGGAGUUAUUAACCUGCUCUUUAAAAGCAAGCCGAAGGGCGAAGAUGGCAAACCUGCAUCCGAUCCUGCUGGAGAGACUCGUUUUUAACUCUCUUGCCAAAAUGAUUUCCUGGACCUAUACUCUAUAUACCUAUAAAAUAUAUAAAGAUGAUCCAUUCUUUAAUAAGAAGCAAUGAUAUUUGGGUUGUAACUUUUUUAGUAUUACCGAAAUAAUAUUGAGUAUUAAAGCCAAAUACAGAUGUUUUGUAUUUACAGUAUAUUGCAGUGCCUUUCAAAGCAAGUCUGGAAGUGUGGAAGUUUCAUGUGUAAAGAUGAAUCUUUGUUGUUAUAUUACUCUAAAUGCCAUAUGAACCUUUAAUGAAUUAUUAAUAUCAAAAUGCUAAAAGUUUGAAUGAAUUGCUAAGCUGUAUUUUUCUUUAUAUUUGUCAUUAUUA